AUGAAGCUCGCCGGCACCGCGCGGCAUUGGGAGGUGCAGCUGCUGGCGGAUCAGUACGGCAACAACAUCUCGCUGUUCGGCAGAGAUUGUUCCGUGCAGCGUCGUCACCAGAAGAUUAUCGAGGAGGCCCCCGUCACCAUUGCCAAGGACGCGACGUUCAAGGCCAUGGAGGACGCUGCUGUGCGUCUCGGCAGGCUCGUCGGUUACGUGUCUGCUGGUACCGUCGAGUACCUCUACUCACACUCGGACGACAAGUUCUACUUCCUGGAACUGAACCCGCGUCUUCAGGUUGAGCAUCCCACCACCGAGAUGGUCAGCGGUGUCAACCUGCCCGCCGCCCAGCUGCAGGUCGCCAUGGGCAUUCCCCUGCACAGGAUCCGCGACAUUCGUCUGCUGUACGGCGUCGACCCCAAGACGUCGACUGAAAUCGACUUUGAGUUCAAGGACCCCGGAAGCGAGAAGACCCAGAGGAGGCCCCGUCCCAAGGGCCACACCACGGCCUGCCGUAUCACCUCGGAGGACCCCGGUGAGGGCUUCAAGCCUUCCAACGGUGUGAUGCACGACCUGAACUUCAGGAGUAGCUCCAAUGUUUGGGGCUACUUCUCCGUCAGCUCUGCCUCCAGUAUCCACAGCUUCUCCGAUUCACAGUUCGGUCACAUCUUCGCGUACGGCGAGAACCGCUCCGCGUCCAGGAAACACAUGGUCAUUGCCUUGAAGGAGCUCAGCAUUCGUGGUGACUUCAGGACAACCGUCGAGUACCUUAUCAAGCUGCUCGAGACGGAGGCCUUUGAGGACAACACCAUCACCACCGGCUGGCUCGACGAGCUCAUCACCAAGAAGUUGACUGCUGAGCGCCCUGACCCCAUGCUGGCUGUCGUCUGUGGUGCUGUCACCAAGGCGCACAUUGCCAGUGAAGACUGCAUCUCGGAGUACCGCAAGAGUCUGGACAAGGGUCAAGUGCCCUCCAAGGACAUCCUGAAGACGGUCUUCGCUGUGGACUUUAUCUACGAGGGCUUCCGCUACAAGUUCACCGCCACGCGUGCCAGUGUCGACGCCUACCACGUUUUCAUCAACGGGUCCAAGUGCGCCGUCGGUGUCCGCGUUCUCAGUGACGGUGGCCUCCUGAUCCUGCUCAGCGGACGCAGCCACAGCGUCUACUGGAAGGAGGAAGUUGGCGCUACGCGACUGUCCGUUGACGGCAAGACGUGCCUGCUUGAGCAGGAGAACGACCCCACGCAGCUCCGCACGCCCAGCCCUGGUAAGCUUGUGAAGUACCUCGUCGAGAACGGUUCGCACGUCAAGGCCGGCCAAAGCUUCGCCGAGGUUGAGGUGAUGAAGAUGUAUAUGCCUCUCAUCGCCUCCGAAGACGGCGUUGUUCAGCUCAUCAAGCAGCCCGGAGCUACGCUUGAGGCUGGUGACAUUCUCGGCAUACUCGCCCUCGACGACCCCAGCAGGGUCAAGCAGGCGCAGCCUUUCCUCGGCCAGCUGCCCAGCUACGGUGACCCCGUCGCUGUCGGUAACAAGCCCGCCCAGCGGUUCUCGGUCCUCUACAACAUUCUGAAGAACAUCCUCCUCGGCUACGACAACUCGGUCAUCAUGGCAGCCACGCUGAAGGAACUCGUUGAGGUCCUUCGCAACCCUGAGCUGCCCUACAGCGAGUGGAACGCCCAGUUUGCCGCUCUGCACUCUCGCAUGCCUCAGAAGCUGGAUGCGCAGUUCGGUCAGAUUGUCGAGCGCGCCAAGUCGCGCCACGUCGAGUUCCCGGCCAAGGCGCUGGUCAAGGCUUUCCAGAAGUUCCUCGACGAGAACGUCGCUGCCGGCGACGUCGAUCUGCUCAAGUCCACUCUGGCGCCGCUCAGCGAGGUGCUCAGCGCCUACAGCGAGGGUCAGAAGGCGCAUGAGCUGAAUGUCGUCAAGAGCCUGCUCGAGCAGUACGCCGAGACUGAGCAGCUCUUCACUGGACAGGGUUCUCAGGAGGACAGCACCAUUCUCAAGCUCCGUGACCAGAACAAGGAUGACAUCUCCAAGGUUGUCCAGACCGUCCUGUCGCACAGCCGUGUCAGCGCCAAGAGCUCGCUCAUUCUCGCCAUCCUUGAGGAGUACCGCCCCAACAAGCCCAACGUCGGCAACAUUGGCAAGCAUCUCCGCGAUGCCCUGCGUACCCUGACUGAGCUCCAGUCCUCGCGUGCCACCUCCAAGGUGUCCCUCAAGGCUCGCGAGAUUAUGAUCCAGUGCUCUCUUCCUUCUCUGGAGGAGCGCACCUCGCAGAUGGAGCACAUUCUCAAGUCUUCUGUUGUCGAGUCUCGCUAUGGCGAGGCUGCUUGGGAGCACCGUGAGCCCAACCUUGACGUCAUCAAGGAGGUCGUUGAUUCCAAGUACACCGUCUUUGACGUUCUCACCCUCUUCUUCUCGCACGAGGACCCCUUCGUGUCGAUUGCCGCCCUCGAGGUCUACGUCCGCCGCGCCUACAGGGCCUACAUCAUCAAGAAGAUCGAGUACCAUGAGGAUGAGACGGAGGCGCCUCUCUUUGUGUCCUGGGACUUCACGAUCAGGAAGAUGGGCCAGAGCGAGUACGGCCUUCCCUUGCAGUCCGCUGCCCCCUCCACCCCUGCCACCCCCAGCGGUCAGUUUGACUUCAAGCGCAUCUCUUCCAUCAGCGACCUUUCGUACUUCAACUCCAAGAUGGACGAGGAGCCCAACCGCAAGGGUGUCAUUGUGCCCUGCAAGUACCUCGAGGACGCCGAGGACCUGAUCGCUCGCGCUCUCGAGGCGCUCGGCGAGAAGAGGAAGGCCGCCCCCGCGCCCAGCCUGCUGCCUGACCUGACCGGCAAGCGCAAGAUUGUGGGCGCCAGCAAGCCCCACGAGCAGGAGCUCUCUGCCGUUAUCAACGUCGCUGUUCGUGAUGCCGAGAGCAAGAAUGACCAGGAGAUCCUUGCCCGCAUCAAGCCCAUCAUCGCUCAGCUCAAGGGUGACCUCCUUGCCCGCCGUGUCCGUCGCAUCAGUUUCAUCUGCGGCCGCAACGACGGCUCGUACCCCGGUUACUACACCUUCCGGGGUCCCGGCUACGAGGAGGACGACAGCAUUCGUCACAGCGAGCCUGCUCUUGCUUUCCAGCUGGAGCUGGGACGUCUCGCCAAGUUCAACAUCAAGCCCGUCUUCACUGAGAACAAGAACAUCCACGUUUACGAGGGCAUUGGCAAGGCCGUCGAGACCGAUAAGCGUUACUUCACUCGCGCUGUCAUUCGUCCGGGUCGUCUCCGUGAUGAGAUUCCCACCACCGAAUACCUCAUCUCCGAGGCUGACCGUGUCGUCAACGACAUCUUUGACGCUCUCGAGAUCAUCGGCAACAACAACUCUGAUCUGAACCACAUCUUCAUCAACUUCACGCCCGUCUUCCAGCUCGAGCCUUCGGAGGUUGAGAGCAGCCUCCAGGGCUUCCUCGACCGCUUCGGUCCUCGCGCGUGGCGUCUUCGUGUCUCCCAGGUCGAGAUUCGCAUCAUCUGUACCGAUCCUCAGAGCGGUGUGCCCUACCCUCUUCGCGUCAUCAUCAACAACACCUCCGGAUAUGUUGUCGAUGUCGAUAUCUACUCGGAGCGCAAGUCCGACAAGGGCGAGUGGGUAUUCCACAGCAUUGGCGGCACCCACGAGAAGGGCCCCAUGCACCUGCUCGCUGUCACCACACCAUACGCGACCAAGAACUGGCUGCAGCCCAAGCGUUACAAGGCCCACCUCAUGGGAACUCAGUACGUCUACGAUUUCCCCGAGCUCUUCCGCCAGGCCAUCCAGAACAGCUGGGUCACGAGCGUCAAGAAGAACGGCGCUCUUGCUUCGCAGCAGCCUAAGGCCGGUGAUUGCGUCUCAUUCACCGAGCUCGUUCUCGACGACAAGAACAACCUGGACGAGGUCAGCCGUGAGCCCGGCACCAAUGCGUGCGGCAUGGUCGGCUGGAUCUUCAACGCCAAGACCCCCGAGUAUCCCAAGGGUCGCAAGUUCAUCGUCGUCGCCAACGACAUCACGUACCGCAUCGGCUCCUUCGGCCCCAAGGAAGACAACUUCUUCAACAAGUGCACGGAGCUGGCGCGCAAGCUUGGCAUUCCCCGCAUCUACUUGUCUGCCAACUCGGGUGCCCGUCUCGGCGUUGCCGACGAGCUGAUCCCCCACUUCAAGGUUGCGUGGAACGACCCUGCUAAGCAGGACGGCGGCUUCAAGUACCUGUACCUCGACGACGAGAGCAAGAAGGAGUUCGAGCAGGCUGUCAUCACCGAGGAGGUUACGGAGGAGGGCGAGAAGCGCCACAAGAUCGUCACCAUCAUCGGUACGGCCGACGGUCUCGGUGUUGAGUCGCUGCGUGGCUCUGGUCUCAUCGCCGGUGCCACCAGCCGUGCUUACAACGACAUUUUCACCGUGACCCUGGUGACGUGCCGUUCCGUCGGUAUCGGUGCUUACCUCGUCCGUCUCGGUCAGCGUGCCGUCCAGAUUGAGGGCCAGCCCAUCAUCCUGACCGGUGCCCCUGCCCUGAACAACGUCCUGGGUCGUGAGAUCUACACAUCCAACCUCCAGCUUGGUGGCACCCAGAUCAUGUACCGCAACGGUGUCUCGCACAUGACUGCCAACGACGAUUUCGCCGGUGUUUCCAAGAUUGUUGAGUGGAUGUCGUUUGUGCCCAAGGAGCGCGGCAGCCCCAUCCCCAUCAGCCCCAGCAUUGACACCUGGGACCGUGACGUCGUCUACACGCCCCAGCAGAAGGGUGCGUUCGACGUUCGCUGGAUGAUUGGCGGCCGACAGACAGACGACGGCGACUUCGAGGCCGGCCUGUUUGACAAGGACUCGUUCAUCGAGACCCUCGGCGGCUGGGCGCGUACCGUCGUUGUCGGUCGCGCUCGUCUCGGUGGCAUCCCCAUGGGUGUCAUUGCCGUCGAGUCUCGUUCGAUCGAGAACAUUACGCCGGCCGACCCUGCCAACCCCGACUCGAUCGAGCAGGUCACCAACGAAGCUGGCGGUGUCUGGUACCCCAACUCGGCGUUCAAGACUGCUCAGGCCAUUAACGACUUCAACAACGGUGAGCAGCUGCCGCUGAUGAUCCUCGCCAACUGGGGGUGGUUUCUCUGGGGGGCCAGCGCGAAAAUGUACAACGAAGGCCCUCCAAGAAUGGUUCGUUCAUCGUCGAACGCUCUCGUCAAAGUAUUAAGCAGGCCCCAUCUUCCGUGUACAUCCCCGCCCUUUCGCGAGCUGCGGUGGGGGUUCUUUGGGGCCGGUGUCGGACCCCGACCCAUUCAACCCUACUGUCAUUGA